AUGGUCGUCUACGACAAUCAUGAGAUCCUCGCUGCUGAGGAGAAGCGGCUGAAGGAAGACCGUCACCGUACCAAGUACUGGAAGAAGUGGGGCUCUUAUCUGGCUGAGAGGCAGUGGGCCACAGUCCGAGAGGACUAUAGCGGUGACGGUGACGCCUGGAGUCACUUUCCCCACGAUCACGCACGUUCCCGGGCAUACCGAUGGGGCGAGGACGGCAUUGCCGGAGUCUGCGACACCCAUGGCUACGAGAAUAUUGCCUUUGCCUUCUGGAACGAGAAGGACCCGUUCCUGAAAGAGAGACUCUUCGGCCUGUCCAACCCACAAGGGAACCAUGGCGAGAGUCUCAAGGAGGCUCAUUUUCACCUGGACAACACACCUCACUCCUACAUGAAAUAUCUCUACAAGUACCCCCAGGCCGAAUUCCCCUACGAUGACCUACGAGACGAGAACGCAAGGCGGACCAAGCAGGAUAGGGAAUACCAAAUUCUCGACACGGGCUGCUUCAAGGAUGACAAGUACUGGGACAUCAUCAUCGAGACAGCCAAAGAGGACGAUGACCCGGACUCGCUACUCUUCCGUGUGACUGCUUGGAAUCGUGGCAACGAGCCUAAGCCAAUUCAUAUCAUUCCUCAUGUGUGGUUCAGAAACACCUGGGCUUGGGGUCGCGAGCCUGAAGAGAACAAACCCUCGAUCAGGUUGCACUCCGAGAAUCUGGCCAAGUCACACCAUCACUCUCUUGGAGACAGGUACUUCCUGUUAUCUCCUUCCCCGGGCGUUGGUCCCAGCGGGGAUGAUGUCGACCCAAAAAUGCUCUUCACGGAAAAUGAUACCAACUUCGAACUUCUCUACGGCGGAGAGAACCCCCAGCCUUACGUGAAGGACGCCUUCCACAGGCACAUUGUGGACGGGGAGAAGGACGCUGUGAAUCCCGCACAACGCGGGACAAAAUGCGCCGCCUGGUUCCCAUUCAACGAGGCCGGUGGUGUCCCACCGGGAGAGUGUGCUGUUGUCCGUUUCCGGUUCAGCAAGAAGGACGACACCUAUCUCGACGAAGAGGAGUUCGACGACAUAAUCGAGCGGCGCAAGGAUGAAGCUGAUGAUUUCUACUACAAGAUCAGCCCCCUGCCCAUGUCUGAUGACCUGCGCAACAUCCAGCGGCAGGCCUUCUCUGGCAUGAUGUGGUGCAAGCAGCAUUAUUUGUUCAUCUGGGACCAAUGGGCUAACGGCGACCCGGCCCAGCCACCGCCUCCGCCAGAUAGAAAGGCUAUCAGAAACUCGCAGUGGAGACACAUGCACUGCGACGACAUCCUCUCUAUGCCAGACUCGUGGGAGUACCCCUUCUUUGCAGCUUGGGACAGUGCUUUCCACUGCAUCCCACUGGCAAUGAUCGACCCCGACUUCGCCAAGAAACAACUUGAUUUGUUCACAAGAGAGUGGUAUUGUCAUCCAAAUGGGCAACUCCCCGCCUAUGAAUGGAACUUUGGGGAUGUGAACCCGCCAGUCCACGCUUGGGCAACCUUCCGGACCUUCAAGAUUGAGCGUAAGUUAUACGGACGACAGGAUCUCGAUUUCCUGGAGCGCGUUUUCCAAAAGCUACUCCUCAACUUCACUUGGUGGGUGAAUCGCAAGGAUGUUGAGGGAAAGAACGUGUUCGAAGGCGGAUUUCUUGGUCUGGACAACAUCGGUCUGUUCAACCGAUCAGACCCUCUCCCCACGGGUGGUACCCUAGAGCAGGCAGACAGCACGGGCUGGAUGGCAUUCUACUGCCUUUGUAUGCUCAACAUCAGCCUCGAGCUCGCCAAGCAUCGGCGCACAUAUGAGGACAUUGCUUCAAAGUUCUUUGAGCACUUCAUCCUCAUCAGCGACGCAAUGACGUUCAGGACGGGACAGAAAGACGAGAAGUCGCUAUGGAACGAUGAAGAUGGCUUCUACUACGAUGCAAUCUCGUGGGGUGGGCCUUGGAUUCAACAGCUUCCGGUCCGGUCCCUGGUUGGGCUGAUCCCAAUGUACGCCACUUUGACCCUGGAGCCAGAGCUGAUCAACAAGCUUCCCUCAUUCAAGAGGAGGCUGGAGUGGUUCAUGGCAAACAAGUGCGACGUCGCAGAGCGGAACAUGCACAGUAUCCGCAAGCGUGGAAAGGGGAACCGAAUCCUCCUCUCCAUUGUGAGCAAGGACCGGCUGGAGAAGCUUCUGAAGCGCAUGUUGGAUGAGGACGAGUUCUUGAGUCCAUACGGCAUCAGGUCCCUGUCCAAGUACCACGAGAAGCACCCAUACUCCAUGGAUGUCAACGGACAGCAGUUCCAGGUGAGCUAUGUCUCAGGUGACUCUGACAGCGGUCUCUUUGGAGGAAACAGCAACUGGCGGGGCCCGGUCUGGCUUUGCGUCAACUUCCUUCUCAUCGAGUCGCUGCAGCGAUACUACUUGUUUUUCGGACAAAGCCUGCAGGUUGAAUGUCCUGUCGGAUCAGGUGACUACAUGCAUCUUGGUCAUGUGUCCGAGGAACUUCAGCACCGGCUGCAGCACCUCUUCACCCGUGACAACGAUGGCCGCCGAGCUAUCAAUGCCGGUGACGACACCCUCGACUUCGAUCCUCUAUGGAAGGACAACAUGUGGUUCCAUGAGUUCUUCGAUGGAGACACAGGCCGUGGUCUGGGAGCUACACAUCAAUGUGGCUGGACAGGUUUGAUCGCCAGGCUGAUCCACGACACAGGUGUCACCUGCCGUCUUCCACAGACGCCGCGUACACCCUCAAUAGGCAUGGCCCAUUAUUUCGAUGAUGUUUUUAGCAGACAGGUCAUUCCCCGGUCACCCUCCAUGCCUCGUAUCAGGCGGUCAUCGACGGCCCGGUCGAUAGGUGCACGGAGCGACUUCGACCAAAGUGAGGCUAAUGGGUACGACGAUGAGCAAGACGGUCACAGUCUUAGCGGUAGUGUUGUCUUGACCGACGACCCACAGCGCCUCCGCGAAAAGGAAGAGGCGGAUGAGCACAUGCACAAUUACAUCGCAGAGCAGCUUGAGAGGGUCAAGAGUGAACAGCUCAGUAACGGCUACGAGAAGGGCGACGAGCUCGAGGCCCAGACUUGA